AUGGAAAAAAUGUACAUAGAAAAUUCCUUGCGGCGAUCUCGUAACAAAAAUCUCCGUUGUUUGGUUUCUCUUGAUGCAGACAUUGGCUCCAGUGUUAUUACGGUGUUGCAUGCGAAACACCUACCAAACGAGCUCUGUGCUGAGUUGACUCUGAGGAUGUCCCAGAUUAUUGGCUACAAUCAUCUCAUCAAUACGAUUGAAAUUAUCCGACGUCAGCAACACACAGACAAACUGUCAGACUACGAAAGCUAUUUGUAUCAGAUCUGGAACAUCCUACAGCCAGAUGUCCAUCUUACCGGUCUCAAGAGUAAACAAUGGGUCGACAUUGGUUUCCAAGGCAACCAACCCUAUACAGACCUCAGAGGUAUGGGCAUGCUGGGCCUCACACAACUCUGGUAUUUUGUUGUAAAUUAUCCAAAUGAAGCACGGCAGGUGUAUUCUCAUUCGCUUCAUCCAGGAUGUGGUUAUCCAUUUGCAAUUGUGGGCAUCAGUCUAACAAGUAUGUUGACUCAACUCCUGAAAAGUGGCCAGCUACGACUACACUUCUACAAUGUCUGCAGAGCAGCACCAUGCAUUACACAUUUCCAUGAGGCUUACUGUUUCAUGUUCUAC